AUGGCGAGGGAUCCAAAGGGCAAAAGACAAGUAUCAACCGAGACUACAGAACUUGGAAAAGUGCUAUAUGUGUGCCAAGAACAACUUGUAUUAAAGCUGAUCGCAAAAGAUAUUCCUUACCCGAAUUCAAGUGUGUUGGACGGAUCAUCCAAGGUGAUUGGAAAGGUAGACGAAGUUCUUGGAAGGAUGGAUGACGUGCAUGUAACUGUUACAUUGAGUGUGGCUGAACAAACAAACAGAACAGGGCAGGUUCUUCUUGCAUAUGCUGACAAGUUCAUUGCAAAGCAAAGAUUUGCAGCACGAAGUGAGGUUGAGAAGAAGAAGGAGGAAAGAGAUACCAUGAAAGCCAAGUCAAAAAGAAAUGGAAUGGAAAGAAGCAGAGAAGCCAAUACAAGUAAAGGAAGCGGUGAGAGAAAGCCUGAUGGCGGAUGGAAUAGUAAUAAGAAAGACUUCAGAAGUAAUAAUAACCGAAACAAUAACAAUAAUAACAGAAGCAAUGGCAAUGCAAGCAGUAAUAACAGAAAUAAUAACAAAAAGUUUACAAACAACCAGAAUAAAAGACAGUCAAGACCAAGGUAG